UGUCUUCCUUCAGAGGAGCACCGCUGGGUUUUUUUUUCAUCAUCCAAAGCUCAAAGAAAUCUCUGGAAACCUUUUUUCUUUUUUGUCUUCCUCUCCAAGUUGCAUCUCGUUUCAUUCAAUGGAUCCGUGCGUCCUGCUGCUCUGCUCUCUGUUCGGAGUUCUGCUUGGCCAAGGAGCCGAGCAGCUCUCCAUAGAGGACUGCUGUAAAGAUGGCCAGAGGCGCGGCAAUGACAACGAAUAUUGUGCGUCCCUCCCUCUCAUCUCUGAGUCAAUCCCGUGCAGGAUAGUGCAGGAGCACUGCUGUGUGACAGUGCUUGAGGAUAACAUGUGCACCACUGGUAUCAACAUUGCCAAAGAACAAGCAACCUGUGACUCUUUAUUCACCAACACCUGCGAGACCAAGACUACAAAGAUGUGCUGCGACUGUUGUCUUCUGGGGAAGUCGAACCAGGCGAAGCAUCUACCCUGUGACCACAACCUGUCAGUGGGCUACCAGUGUGGCCUGGUGUCCCGGGCCUGCUGCGUGGAUGGAGCCCCAGACAACCAGACCACACCCGCACAAAUAAGUGAAUUACCAAACAAGGAUGAAACCAACGACAAUGGCGAUAAUUCAGUAUUAACUGAUCAGUGCAAAGGAAAAUGUGCACAUGACUGUGUGGGAAAUGGUACUUGUACCUGCUUCAAAGGCUAUAAACUCAAGCCAGACGGAAAGAGCUGUGAGGAUAUCAACGAGUGUUUGUUGGGAGCCAGUAACUGUCGCGGAGGAGAGCGUUGUAUCAACACAGAGGGCUCCUUCCGUUGCCAGAGAGAGGUCAGCUGUGGUACCGGCUAUGAACUCACUGACGACAACAACUGCAAAGACAUUGAUGAGUGUGAGACUGGCAUCCAUAACUGUGUCCAAGACUUUGAGUGCCAAAACACCCAGGGGUCGUUCCGUUGUUUCCCUAAGGUCAAGUGCGGUCCCGGCUUUAUCCAGGAUGCCCUCGGCAACUGCAUUGAUAUUGAUGAAUGUGUGAGCCGGACGGGCCCCUGCCAACGCGGGCAGCUCUGCAUGAACACAGCUGGCUCCUACACCUGCCAGAGGAACUCCGUGAACUGUGGCCGAGGAUACCACCUCAACGAAGAAGGCUCACGCUGUGUUGAUAUUGAUGAGUGUAGGGGCCCUGAACAGGUCUGUUCAGGUCAUAGUUGUAUCAACCUGGUGGGCUCCUACCGCUGCGAGUGUCAGGCUGGCUACAUCUUCAACAGCAUCAGUCGGCUUUGUGAGGAUAUUAAUGAAUGCAGGCACUACCCUGGCCGCCUGUGUGCUCAUAAGUGUGAGAACACUCGGGGAUCCCACAAGUGUAGCUGCACCACCGGCUUCAAGCUAGCCUUAGAUGGCAGGAAUUGUGACGAUCUGAACGAGUGCGAGAGCAACCCAUGCAGUCAAGAGUGUGCCAACGUGUACGGCUCCUACCAGUGUUACUGUCGCCGUGGCUACCAGCUCAGUGACAUAGAUGGCAUGACUUGUGAAGACAUAGAUGAGUGUGCCCUGCCCACCGGAGGUCAUAUUUGCUCCUAUCGCUGUCACAACACCCCUGGUAGCUUCCACUGUUCCUGUCCUGUCAUUGGCUACACCUUGGCACCCAAUGGGCGCAGCUGCCAGGAUGUUGAUGAAUGUGUAGCAGGAAUACACACAUGCACAGUGAACCAGAGCUGCUUUAAUGUACAGGGAGGACACAGAUGCUUGUCCUUCGAGUGUCCGAACAACUAUCGGCGAGUUGGAGAGACAGUGGCGAGGCUUCAACGCUCUGAAACCAUUCGCUGUAUAAAGUCCUGUCAGCCCAAUGACGUCACCUGCGUUCUGGACCCCAUGCACUCAGUGUCCCACACCUUCAUCUCCUUGCCCACCUUCAGAGAGUUCACAAGGCCAGAGGAGAUUGUUUUCCUGAGAACCACUGUGCCGGCUUACGGAUCCUAUCACUUAAGCACUUACGACGUCAAGUUUGACAUUCUGGAGGGCAACGUGGAGAACGCCUUUGACAUCGUCAAACGUGUAGAGAACGGAUUGUAUGUUGGUGUUGUUCGCCAGGUGAAGUCUCUGAUUGGUCCACUUGCUACAGUGCUGAAACUGUCCAUGCGCAACCUGACAACUCAAGGCGACUCUGGUCAGAACAUCAUCAACGUUCAUGUCUUCGUCUCAGAGUUCUGGUUCUGAGAGGUGCAUGCCAAAAAUUUGACCACAUUGUACCAAGACAUCCAUUGUCACUGUACAGACACUGUACACAUUGGUUUGGUUGUAUCAAUGCAUAGAUCAGUGUUAUGGAUUUAAUGUAAUGUUUGAUUUCUUGUGACAGUUUCUGAUGAGAGCACUUCACUUUGUUUUGAUGACAAGCUCAGCAUUUAGUGCACUUCUGCAUUGCAACUGGCACAAUGGAGCUAAAUAUGAUGAAACUUUAUAUUAUUGAAAAUCUACUAUGAACAAAGACAUCGAGACCGUUUUGUUUUUUUCUAAAUUGAAAGUGCAUGCAUUUAGAAAGGUCAUUGAAGGAUACGAUGAUUAAAUUGAACAAUAUUCUUUUCAUGACAUUAUAAGCCUUUGUUUUUGUAGCAUCCACUUUUCCUCCAUUACUGUAUGCAUAGGAUGAGGUAUUUUU